AUGAUCGUCAUACCAAAAGGUGCUUUAGUGAUCUUUGAUGGUCUGAACAAGGAACUCUGUGUGGGGAUCCAUCUUGUUGUUAUUCGCAUUGUUCACCUUGGUCGGAAAUCUGGGUGGUUGUUCUGCGCUUUCUAUUUUAAGCAAGCAGCUUCAUCCUUGAUGAUGGCCUAUGGUGGAGAUGAAUUCGUUCAUCCUGACAAUGCGGUACCAAUUUCCCUCACUCGGUCCGGUUACCCUCGGAUCAUUCCGUCUCAUCAUAGGCGUAUGAUUCUGAAGAAGGAUGAGAAAGCGAACAUGCUGGUGAAGUUUUAUUAA